UUUUUGUAAACAAUUUAAAACUGUUUAACCAAUUUCUUGAUCAUAGAUGUUAUAGUAUUAUUUAUAUAAAAAUGUCCAAUGAGUCCCAACCAGUGCACGGAUGUAGGUAUCGUAUUGAUCCUAUGACUAGCCGCGAGAAGCCAGGUAAGUGAUCCUGUUAGGGCGACGUGAAGAGUGCCAGUGAGGGCUGUACCGCAAACCUUAUAGGACCGCUUGAAUUUUUUAUUGUUCCUGAUAAUUCUCACGUUUUAUUAAUUACUGGUUUAUUGUGGUAUUCGAGCUAUCGAUGUGAGUAAAUUCAGGUUAGUGUAUACACUGUGUUGGACAUGGAUGUGAUCUUGGACUGUAUAUUCGAUCAGGUGUUCUCACGGUUGGACCGAGGGUGUCUGUUAGCUAGGUACAAGAGACGACAGUUCACCGACUACCUGAGUACGGUAAUCCGCGGCUCCGCGGGGGACGACACGGAGGGCGGUUGUGAGCGGGCGGUACAGGCAGCUCUGCGGUUCCACCAAACCUCCAAGGAAGAGAACGGCGGUAUCUGCCUUCUGGGGAAGUACCACAACGUCCUCUACGUGGCAGCCACUCUCUGCUACGACUGGCAGCUCCAGGACACCCCCACGGUGUCUCGGCUCCUCCAGGACAUCUUCGCCUGCGAGCACACCUUCGAGAGACUCUUCGUCGGGGCCAUCCUCGGCACCAAGGUCACCCAUCUGAUCUCCGGCUGGAAGAGCGACUUCAGGACGAGGGAAGAAUGCGUGCUCGCCGUUCAGUACUUUCUGGAGCACGCUACCAGAGCGAAUCUGCAAUUCGAAUGUACUGCCGGUUCUAGGAAUUUCGUCGACGUCCCGAUGGAGUCCUACGGGAGGGCGACGCCCCUCAGGGUGGCCGCCCAGGCAGGUCAGGCGGAUGUCCUGCAGAUCCUCCUCCACUACGGUGCCACCGUGACUCCACAACCCUCGAGUAUCGACACCUGCGCCCUGCAGCCCUUGCUCCACAGGAUGAACGACCUUUGUCAUGAUCAGCCCGAGGAGAACAUCGCCAAGGAGUAUAUUAACUGCAUGAACCUGCUCUUGAGGGAAUUGCCAAUGUUGCCCACUCUUCUGCCGUACCCUGAGGAUGACCUACCAACCGACCCAACAGCCCCGGUCGAACCAAGAAGUCUCCAUCCAAGAAUAUACGCCCUUGUUCCUCCCCAACGAAGCGGAUACUUCACGGCGCCUUGUCUGCGGCACAUGUGCAGAUGUGUGGUGCGUCAGCAACUGCGGGCCAGCGGGCUCAUCCCUCAGGGCAUCAGCAUGCUCAUGCUUCCAGACACUGUGAUACAUUAUCUCAACCACGAGGAGGAAUAAUUAUUUGUAUUGAUAUUAGGGGAUCUAUAUUUUUAAAUCACAUUACAUCCAUAAUUUCUUAACAUAGUUUUUAAAUGUUAUAUAUGCACUAUAGCAAUAAUAUAUAUUAACUUUU